GCAGAACAAAAAAGAAAAGGGGAACCCGGCACCAGCUUUGAAAAAUUGGUGAGAAAGCUUGGAAUUUCUCCUUAUUUCUUGUCCAAUAACCUGAUUUGGAACCCAAAAAUCUUUCCCCCUUGCUGGAAAGCCAGAUCUGCUCUGCUCUGUCUUCCUCACCGCCGGCUACCCUUGAUUUUGGGUGCAAAAUUCUGGGCUGUUUCGGUAAGAAAUAGCCAUUAAAUUCUCUGUUUUUCCUUGAAUUAGCUUGGGUUCAUGUUAAAUCUAGUGUUUCUCCAGAUUUUGGGUGAACCCGUGAGCUUUCCCUGCAGCUUGCCGUCGGCCUCUUCCCCCCCUGCAGCUUCGGUUUUAGCUGGAGAAUUAUGUCGGGGUUACUGUGCACGUCGGGGUUACUGUUCACCGGUUACUGUUCACACCCCGAGGGCCAACAUUUAACGGGAAUUUAAGUGAUUAGUUUGUGAUAUGAGAACGAAUUUGGAGAUAUUUGAUCAUGUGGAGAUUGAUAGGAAUAGCAUUGUGAUUAGGAAUGAUCCUAAUGAUGAUUUCAGCUUGAAUUUAUGAUAGUGGUAUUAAUUCUUGAAAUAUCUUGAUUAGGUUCUUGAUCGUCCUGUCAAUUUAGUACGUGAAUUGAGUACUCGGUUUUAUGCGAGUGAGGUAGUGUGCCCCGAGACUCGGAAAUCAAGGGGAGUGACGUGAUAAAAGGGUAGCCACUUGAGAUUUGACAUAGAUUUUAAAUACAUGUACACCACGCUCUUGUAAGUUAGAUUUUAAUUGGAAAUUGUAUGGUAUCAAAACUGAUUUUGUUCAGUAAGUUCCGAGCCUUGUGCAUUUGUGGGACCCGUCUCACGAGUGCACGGCGUCUGUCGCGCCUCGGAUUCGGGUUCUGGGGCGUGACAGAUAAAGAGUUUCUUUAUUU